AUGGAGAUUUGUGUCUCUACCCGGUCCUACAAGUUCGUCCACCGAGCCAGCAAGCCUAGCACUGUAGCUGAGUUCUUUUUGGCGGGAUUUACUAGGGAUUCACUAAAUAUUCAUGAACCACCUACACACAGCAAGCACAGCAAACACGGUACUUACACCAAUGCUGAUUUGUGGGUUGAAUAUUUUGACUCUCUAGCCAGUGCUAAACCAGUCAUGAUGGCAACACAUCGCCAUGAAUAUCGUCAGUGGCCAUUUCUCACGGAAGAAGAGUUUGAGCUCGCCUGUGCGUUUCUUGAUCGAAGAUAUUGUCGAGCAUCAUUGGGACCUGCAAGGAAGAACCUCAAGCUGUCCAUGGGACGAACAGCAACUACUGGGUCAUGCUAUGUUGAAAUUAUUCGAUUGAUUCAUCCACCACAAGAUGAUGAUGAUCUAUUACUUGCUCUUAGCAAUUUGAGUAGUGGUUACGCUCCAAACUCUGCUCCGAGUCAAGAGGUGGAUAUGAUGGAUGAGGAUGAAGACGACGAGGCACUGCGUGUAAACAAGUCUUCGACACUGGAGAGUGACUCUAUUCCCCGAUACAGUCUAUAUUCUCACCAGCCUUACGUUACUUAUGAGAUUCACCUACAUCCCACUUAUAGAAUACCGACUUUGUGGUUUACGCUUCACGAUUUACCAAACGAUGAGCCUGCGUUUGAUAUAAAUUCUGUUUAUCGACAUCUCGUGCCAGAAGAGUACAAAAGUGAACUUCGUGCAAUAGGAGUAAUGGGUGGGAUUUCCGCUGCUCCACACCCUAUCACAGAUGUACCGGCAUUCUUCAUUCAUCCAUGUCAAACCAGAGAGGCAAUGGAGAAUUUUGACUGUCCGGCAAAUAAUUAUUUGAUGGUAUGGCUUGGCUUGAUAGGUGGGUGUGUGGGACUAUGGAUGCCUCACGAAAUGGCUCAGGAAGAUCUAUAG